CCCUCCCACCGACCCACUCUUCACUUAGCACGCGGGUGAUCCCAGCGGGCUUUGCAGGCUUGGCUUUAUUUCUGGAGACAGACAAUCCUUUCAGGGUUGAACAGGGGCUCCCUGGCCCGGUUUUACCUCUCGCAGCUGCCACAAAGCACAGAGCAACUUCCCAAAUGGCGGCUCCCGGCCUGGCUGGAUUUCGCACAUGCACGGGCCACUCCUCGGGGUAGUUGAGCAGGCAGAGAAUGAGUCCGAUGGCAAUCCCAGCACCGAAGAUGAAUCCAGCAAGGGCCAGGAGGACCUGUCUCCGCAUCCGCUGUCCAACUCGUCCGACGGCGUUACCAGCCUGAGCCUCCCCAGCCCCAUGGAGCCGGUGUACAUGCAGCAGCUCGGAAACGCGAAAAUCUCUCUAAGUUCUUCUGGCGUUCUCUUGAAUGGGAACCUCGUGCCUGCCACUACUUCUCCUGUCUUCCUGAACGGCAGCUCGUUUCUUCAGGGACCCAAUGGUGUCAUUCUCAACGGACUCAGCGUGGGGGCUUCCCAGACUGUGACUUUAAACGCACCCAAAACCACUUCGAGUGCGGUGAGCAACGGGGUGUCCAUCACCGACAUAUUAUCAUCCUCUUCCGAAGAUGUCAAGGACUUCAAAAUCCUCCAGGCUUCUGUGUCUAGCUCUGCAGAGGCACCCACAUCGUACAGUCCCAACAACGUGCCCGUCUCUUUCCCGGGGUUGAUACCCAGCGCGGAGGUGAAAAGGGAAAGCGUACAAACUGUUGCCUCUCAAGAUGGAGGCUCCGUUGUUACUUUUACUGCUCCCGUCCAAAUAAACCAGUAUGGCAUUGUCCAGAUCCCGAAUUCAGGAACAAAUGGUCAGUUGCUAAACGGAAGCAUCGGUUUUUCUCCUCUGCAACUGCCUCCGGUUUCUGUUGCAGCUUCGCAAGGUAACAUUUCGGUAAACCCAAGUACGUCAGACGGGGGUACUUUUACAAGUGACUCUUCAACGGUGCAGCAGGGAAAAGUUUUCUUCAGCCCCCUCACUCCCAGUGCAGUGGUGUAUACGGUUCCCAAUUCAGGUCAGGCAAUAGGGACUGUUAAGCAAGAAGGAUUGGAAAGAAGCCUUGUGUUUUCCCAGUUGAUGCCAGUCGGUCAAAACACGCAACUAAAUGUAAACAUGUCUUCUGAAAACGUAUCUGGCGGAGGCCUCCCGUCCAUGGCUUCAUCGCUGGUCAACGUAACUCCCCCCCAUAACUUCCCCCUAGCUCCACCCACCCUUUUAAAUGCUGCAGAGCUGAACUCGGGUAUCUCAGAGAGCCAGUCCAUGUCAGCACCUGUAACAAGUACGUCUACUGUGAUAUCAAUCAGCAACACUAACUAUGCAACUCUUCAGAACUGUGCCCUCAUUACUGGUCAAGAUCUAAUGGCAUUGUCUACAGCACAGCCUGCACUUGGGGAAAUAGUUUCACCGCCCGAAGACCGCGUCAGCCAUCCGUCCGCAUCGGUUCACCCAGAUUUUGUGAGAGAGCACAGGUUAGUUCUGCAGUCGGUACCCGACGUCAAAGAGAAUUUCUUGUCAAAUUCUGAGAGCAAGUCACCCAGCAACUUACUGAUGCUGGAUACGAAAUCCAAAUAUGUUAUGAGUAAUAUGGUUGACCCCGUCUGCGAAGAACUGGAAACGGACAAAAAAGAGCUUGCCAAACUCCAGACAGUUCAGAUGGAUGAAGAUAUGCAAGACUUGUAACUUUCUUGCUUUUUGUUUCAGCAGAGAAGUCUCCUCGUGAGGCCGUAAAAAGCCACCAGGUGUUUUCUCACGUAGAGAAAAUACCAACGCAGCUCAAAACAGAAGAGCAUUGGAAUAGUCUGCAGUAAAGUACAUGGGAAUCUACAGUAGUGGAAUUAGGUCGCCACGCUUUGUUUGCAUGCAAUAUUCUCUUUCCUCCAGAUUAAAGGAGAAAGGUUAAAGGAAACGUGGGGGAAAGAACCAACCAAGUGGGUAUCGGUUUGGCUUACUAAUAUAGCCCUGAGAGUUUAACCGAAAUCUCCACGCCAUGACGUAAUUUCAAAAGUAAAUAUACACUCCUCGCGUUCUGUAGGAAGAUCUUUAUAAAAUGGUAGAAACAAUGCAGGAAAUUGAAACCUCUCUCUAAAAUAAGUAGAAACAAUGCAGCCUUUUUUUGUUUUGUUGUUGUUUACUUCUAGUCCAUGGGCAUUGAAAAGUUUUCAAGGAACUCUAGACGGUACCUCAUAAGCUUCUUUUAUGUGGCUCUUUGAGGUUAAGAAGCAAAAUGCAAUUGCAAAUAAUACUGUUACUGUCUUUUUCCAGCAAGACUUGUGUUUUAUAGGGAAAAUCUUGCAUCAAACUUUUUCAGGUUUCUAAAUGUUAUAACUAACCAUUUGCCAGUGCGGCAGAAAAGAAAGACCAUUUGAAACUCUAAUUAUGCAACUCAGAAGCUUUCACUCCAGUAUGAAUGUAAAUAUUGUUCCAGUUAUUAUAAAGGAGACUUUUUUAAUUAGUACAAUGGAUUUUAUUUAUGGUUUAUGUUCCCUUUCACUUUAGACACAAUGCAUUGAAAAGGAAAAAUUGUUUUCUGGCUGUUUUAAUUUAUUUUUAUUGUUUGAGCAGGAAGUAAACAUAGUUAUUUCUGACAGUUUUACUUUUUUUGUAGGGUUUUCAAGCGAUAGACUGUAAAAGUAAAAUGUUAAUCACACGGAAGCUAGAAAGUGAUCUCCCAAUAUCUGAGUCUGGGACAUUUUUUCCCCCACCUUUGUGUUCAGUUGUUUGUUUGGUUGGUUUUUGUUAGUAGUUUUCAAAUGAGUUAAGUCGUAUGUAUUUUUUACAGAAUUCUACGUGCCUUUCUUCUUAGUGGCCUUAUAUCCUUGUUACUAAAGCACAGUGGCAGGAAGAAUGGAGAAACUGGCCUGCAAGUAUCCGUCCUCAGGGCCAAAUCUGCCUGCCUUACCUUCAUGAGUAGCCCCAUUGAUUUCAAUGCACCUGCUUGCCUGAGUAAGACAAGUAGGUCCCUUGGUCAUUGCGGGUGAAAUUCUGCGGUGGUAUAGAGCUAGAGUUGGGCCUUCUGCCCAUGGUCCCUCUGGGAAUUUCCUAUGCUGAACACCCCUGCAGAGGAGAAGGUAUCUGCUCUGGCCCCAGACAGGCCAGCGCAGAAGGCUGUGAUGGCCUGAGCCAGGGAAGGGGGCUCUACAGUUACAAGGAUCCACUAAUCCCAACAUCCCGUGCAACCAGCAUGGGUGGGCUUCAGCUGCUCUUCUAGCAGGCAAGCCCUGAUUCUGGGAUAUGCUUCGCAAUGAAUUUGUGCAUCCCCCCUGGGACCAGGGGCUGGAACAGCAACAUCCCCACCCCCCCCCCCCCCCCUUCCCCCCACCAAAUGACUAGUAGCAGCAGUGUUCAGUGACUAGGUGGAGAUAGAUUUCACCUCUCAGGCCUCUUUAUGCCCUGCAGCCUGGACAACCAGGCUCUAGCCAGAUGGAGCAGAUUUCACCCUUAAGCUGUAGGACUUUUCGUCACCUGAAACAGCACAUCCUUCGGCUUUCAUAGCAAUGCAGAUGUACCAACUACCUUCUGCCAACCCUUUUUUUUUUUUUUUUUUUUUUUAAUUUUAAUGAGAAUAUAAACAGUAGCUAGAGCCCCUAGUCAUGUUCCCCAUCAGGGGCCUGGCCCAGAGCCCAUUGAAACUGAAAACCUUUCCAUCCUAGACUUCAACGGGUUUCCCAUCAGGCCCACAGCAAAGCAUCUUUGUAAAGGACGAGAGCAGCUUAAAGAAAAGGAAGCAGAGAUCACAUCAGUCCUGCACACGUGCGUCUCAGUCCCGUCCUGUCCCGAGUGCUAGCAAAAGUGUUCAAAGGAAUCUGUUUUUCAGCGUGCUGUGAGUGUGACACUGACAUCCUCCUCGCUGUUGUUUUGCACUAUACUGCGCACAGGUCAUUCUUGUCGGUACCUGCACGGACUCUCUGAGCUGUGCUGCAGAUUGUUGUUCUAGUCCAGUGGUGCUCAACCUCUGGCCUGCAGGCCAGAUCCAGCCCACAGAAAUUUCUGGAAUUUCUCCU